AUGGCGGCCGGCCAGCCAUACCACCAUCGAGGUGAUGAGCCCUCUGUCCACCCUCUUCCUGUCAUGCCUCCGGCCUCCCUCUUCCUCCUCUCGCACUCUUCCUCACAGGCGUGCGGGGCGGAGACGCGGUGGUUGCAGCAGUUUAAGUCGAGGAGGGCGCUGGCGAAGUGCAUGGAGGCAAUCAACUACGAGGGCCACCACGCAGGAGGAUGUGCUGGUCGCGCACAAGGAAUAGGUGCGUCAGUACACUGCCCCUCUCUGUCUGCGAUUGUGCACUCUUGGUCAGUUGAGAUAUGCAUUUGGAUUGUUGACAUAGCCAUUUCGUUGUACGCUGCUGCAACCCUGACAUGGGACCUAAUGGUGCUGGCUGAUGUGAACUACGAGGAGGAAUUUGUGCCAGCGGACCACGGCUCCUACACAAGGGCAAGAAGAUGGGAUCCAGUGAGGAGGCAUUCCGUGCUAGCGAGCCAAGCAAGGUCAUGCUCACCGUUGAGAAAUGAGAACACAAAUGAGAACACCUCGCAUAGGAAGAAGAAGGUGUUGUUCAGGCACAAGCCCAAGAGCGUCUGCGCCAACAAGUGCUCAGGCUCAAUCAAAACUUGCAAUUGCAUUAUUAGGCUUGGAGUUAUGGAUUAG